GAGGGAAGCAGCAGGCACUGUCUUCAGCUUCCUGCACGAUCUGCUCCAAAUACUUUCACUUUUCUUUUCUCCGGAAGCCUGGCCCUCUCUGCAUGUGGCAAAGCACAGACUUCCUGUUUCACCCACUGCCAUCUCCCUGCUGUUCUCUCAGUCUUCCAGGAGUGAUCCCUGGCCCAGCCCCUGGACCGGGAAAGGGGCAGGAGCAGGUGGCUGACCCAGCAUCCAGGAUGUUCACCAUGACCAGCGCCUUAGAAGAGGCUCUUCUCCAGCACUUCGUAUACCAGAAGCUGGAGAUUGCCUAUGCCAUAUACAAGCCAUUUCCCUUCCUCGAAGGCCUCCGAGACAGCUCCUUCAUCACGGAGACAAUAUACCGGGAAUCCAUGGAAGCCUGUAGAAACCAGGUCCCUGUACCCAGAGUGGUGUACAACAUCCUCACCCACCUGGAAAAGACCUCCAAUCUGUCAUUUCUGGAGAUGCUGUUCAGCCGAAUUAACCUGCGUGAAUACCCCAACCUGAUGAUGAUUCUCAAGGGCUUCAGAAGUGUUGUCAAUUCCUACGGAGGAUGGAACAGAGCUGCGCUGACCCUCCUCGAAACUCCAGCCAACCCAGGAGGAGGGCGCUCCCUCCAGACGCUGCUGCCGCUGCCCCCACCCCAGAGCCACCCACCCCAUGCUCCCAGUGUCACUGAGCCCAGCGCAUCCACACAGCACAGCGCUGAGAUCACGGGCGAACCAUCCAGCCCUUCUGACCCUGCCGUGGCUCUCCCCAGAACCACCCAGGAAGGAAGGAUCACUCCAGAAGACUCACAAGAGAUACCCGGCACUGCCCCCGACACUGUGCAAGUGAUAACAGAUGACUCUCCUGAACCAAAUGACCCCAAAGAGCUCCAGGAGGCAUCCAGCAUACCUCCCAACAAGAAAGGAAAGAAAAGAAAAAGAAGUAUCUGGUCAACUCCAAAAAAGAGACACCAGAAAAAAAGGCUCCCAAAAGGGAGAACCUCACCGCGGCACAGAAGCCAAGAGAAGCUCCAAGAGGUGGAUCAGGCAACUCAAAGGAAGGAUGAUUCACCCAGCAAGUCAAAUGUCAUGACAAGUGUCCAAAAGGCAAGCACCGAAUGUGCCCAAACCUCUGGACCGGAGGAAACCAGUGAUGACUCUUCAGCAAUGAAUGAAGAAAAGAGGCCCCAGGAGCCACCCAGCACACCACCAAGCGUCCUGCGUGAUCCAACAAAUGAUGGAAAUAAACCAUCUUUGGGAAAAUCUCCUGGGGAAAAGCGAAAGAGGACAGAAAAAUACAACCUGCCAUCUUCAAAAAGAAGACAGGAAAACAAGCUCCCAAGAACCUCACCUCGGCACAGAAUCCAAAAGAAGCUCCAUGUGGUGGAUCAAACAACUGAAAGGAAGGAUGAUUCCACCAGGAACUCAAAGAUCAUGACAAGGGCUCAAAAGGCAAGGACUGAAUGUGUCCAAACCUCUGGACCAAAGGAAAAGAAAAGGGAAAAAAAUGUCAGUCCAAGUUCAACAAGAAGGUGUCAGAAAAAUAUUCUUCCAAAGGAAAAAGCCAAAGAUGAAACUGUGGAUUUUCUCUCUCCUGAACUUCCUGUGACUUGUGGUAAAGCCAAAGGCAUUUUAUAUAAGGAGAAAUUGAAACAAGGAUCCUCAGAGAAGUGCAUUCGGAAUGAGGCGGGGGUCUGGUUCACACCAAAAGAAUUUGAAAUCGAAGGAAAACGGGCAAAUACAAGGAAAUGGAAGCAGUCUGUGCAUUGCAGAGGAAAGACCUUAGAAGAGCUGCUGAAGAAAGGACUUUUACUCUGUCCUCCAAGAAUAAGUGUCAAGAGAGAGUGGGAAAACUCCAAGGAAUGUGAGGUGUGCUGUAGAGGGGGACCACUCGUCUGCUGUGACACUUGUCCAAGAGCCUUUCAUGAAGACUGUCACAUCCCGUCUGCAGAGGAGAGGAGCCCAUGGAGUUGCACCUUCUGCAAGAUAAAGGAGUCUUCGGGAAGGCAGCAGUGUCACGGGGAAUCUGAGGUCCUGGAGAGGCAGAUGCAGCCUGAGGAGCAGUUGAAAUGUGAGUUCCUCCUCUUGAAGGCCUACUGUCAUCCACAAAGCUCCUUUUUUGCAGAAACCCCACCUAAUAUUCGAGAUUAUGGAGAGCCCUUUAAGGAAGCCAUGUGGUUGGACCUGGUUAAGGAAAGGUUGACAGAGAAAGUGUACACAGUGGCGUGGUUUGUUCGCGACAUGCGCCUGAUCUUUCGCAACCAUAAAACAUUUUACAAGGCUUCCGACUUUGGUCAGAUAGGACUGGACUUGGAGGCAGAAUUUGAAAAGGACCUCAAAGAGGUGUUUAUUUUUUGCAAAGCCAAGGAGAACAGCUUCCAGACUCUUUGACCCUGUUCUAGAAAGACUAAGGCACCGCAACUUCCGGAUCCAGAUGACGUGACCCUGGCCAUCUUUAGACAGUCAGUGAGUCUGGGAUGCUAUUGGUAGCCCUCUUGACUCAAAUCCAGAGCCUUCAUACCAUCAUCCUACCUUCUUUUUUGUUGUUGUUUCUUUCUACACCUAAAAGAAUGUGUGUGUGUGUGUGUGUGUGUGUGUGUGUGUGUGUGUGUGUGUGUUUAAACUACAUCUCUAAUCCCCAGCCAACACCACAGGCCUCUUCCUUGUCAAUAUGUCCAACUCUCUUCUCCCACAGUUAUCUAUUCUCAUUUGCUCAACUAAACUACGAGGAUAAUAGCUUCAGAAUCUCUACAGUCCUACCACUAUGAAAAAGAAAUUAAGCUGAAUCCUAAAUUGUGUGGAAAUUAUUUUGCUCCUGUUCUAUAUGUAUAUUCUGUUAUAUAGUGUUUCUGUUAUAUAUAUGUGUGUGUGUAUAUAUAUAUAUAUAUUAUAUAUUUCAUAUAUCAUUGCAGAGAGUAUUUUUCAGAAUUUUGCUCCUGUGUUUAUGAAUGAGGUUGGUCCGUAAGCUUCUGUGUACUGUCAAAAUCAGAUGGCAGGGCUAUCCCAGCUUGGCACAAGAAUGCCUAAAAUUUUCUACCCUUUAUAUGCUCUGGAAUAGUUUAUAAUGUUUUAAAUGAACCAAUUCAUAAAAUUAUAUAGCCUACCAUUCUUUGUAGAGCUAAUAUUGACCAUGUUCUCUGCUUUUACGGGGUCAUUAAACUAUUCAGAUAUUCUUUUGCUUUUUGAAUCAGUUCCACUUUUACAGUUUUCUAAGAAGUCAUUCAUUGCGUGUAUUGUUUAUACUUGGCCUUAUUUCUGCCAUAUUAUUUUAUUCCUUCUCUUUGGAAUACUUUCAUGUGAUUUUUGUCUACAUUUUCUUUGUUUUUACCUUCUAUUCUGGAAGGCAUUUGUGAGAGUUUUUAAUUCUAAUAUUUACCUGCGAGUUUUCCAAACGUGUUUUUUACUUAUUUUUUAAAUGUCAGAGCCAGGGGCGCCUGGGUGGCCCAGGCUGUUGAGCAUCUGACUCUUGAUUUCAGCUCAGGUCAUGAUCUCAGGGUCCUGA